AUAUUCGGCCCACAAACUUAAUAACUCAUUAUUAACUUGAUCAACAAAUCAAACAUUUGCCUUCAAUAACCCAUCAUUUCCUAUCUCUAAAAAAAAAAUGAAGCUCAUUUUUGCAACUUUUCUACUCGUUUGUCUUGUUCUAAGCUCCUCUUUUUUUGAGGCAUCCAUGGCUGGUUCAGAGUUUUGUGACUCGAAGUGCAAAGUGAGGUGUUCAAAGGCAGGAGUGCAGGACAGGUGCCUUAAGUACUGCAAUAUCUGUUGUGAAAAAUGUCACUGCGUUCCGUCUGGGACGUACGGAAACAAGGACGAAUGCCCUUGCUACCGGGAUCUCAAGAACUCCAAGGGACAUCCCAAAUGCCCUUAAUUAACUAAUCUAUCAUUUUAAACUUCUUAUUAUUAUUACUACUACCACUGCUUGUCAAUGAUAUUGUAUGGUUAGUUGUACUGUAUACCUCUAUCUGUGUAUGUUGUUCUUAAUUAAUUAUAAUAAAGUGGAGAGGUCUUGUAUGCUUUCUGCUUUA